AUGAUGCCGAAGGAUCCUGGGCUUUGGGGAACAGGCUUGCUUGGCGGCUCCACCACAGGGACUUCAGGUGGAGCUGCAAAUGCGACCAGCCGUACUACGACAGGGAUAGGUGCUGGCACCACUGCAACGCAACUUACUUCUACCGUCCCUGCGGCUUCUACAACAGCAAGCGGCACAUCAAUUCCUAGCAGCAAUAGUUACGCCUUUUUGUCCUCUUCAUCCGUCACUGUCGCCUCCCCAUCGUUGGUUGUGCAAAGCGGGAGUGGUGGUGUGAAUGGCCUCGGCAACAACGCAGUCGGUUUGAUGCCGGCGAUCGUCAGACACGAUCGGUCGCAGGAGUUAUGCAAGUACUUCCUUAACGGGGGGUGUCUUCGCGGGGCGCAGUGCCAAUACCUCCACGAGCUACCGGACGAGCGGCACCUUGAUGUGAAUGGCUACGGGUACAUUCUCAACCCCAACGUCCACAAUGCGCAGAAGACACUCCCUCUAGCACUGAACAGCAACCCAACUGGUAAUGUUCAGGUGAAUGGUGGGACUUUGUCACCCUCGCCACUCAUGUUAGGGCUUAGUUCGGGCAACAAUAGACAGUCACACGGGGCGAAGGCUAAGUCACAGACAUCGUUUAUGGUGGGCGUACCGACCCACCUGCCUUUUCAGUUGUCCUCAUCGGGUGUCAAGGCAUCGCCUCCAAAGUACCGCCCACCUGAACCGUUCUUAGACUACAACCUGCCGCCCACACUAGCACUGCCGUUGAACACGCCGUCGAAGGACGUGGCCCUGCAACUAACCCGCACAAUGCUUCAGAACUGA